GUCUCAAACAUCUAUUUCAGUACCAGAAAGAUGAAAACUCCGGAUUACCCAUGUUAUGAAACGAAGUAUCAUUCCAUUCUCAGGAACGCUCCCCACUCCUACCGACUCGAUGGCAUCUCUGGCCUUAUACAAUUUAUUACAAAACGAAUUAUUCAAAUGAAUAAAUAAUUAAUUAACCGACUCCAAUUUCCACUCUCAAACACUGUAACAUCUGUUCAAUAAAUCAUAAUAAUUAAUACAAACAGCACUAUUAUAUAUAAUGAUGUUUUGUGCUACUACUAAUACUUUACCACCAUAAUAGUAAUUUCCAACAAUGUAUUUCAAGGCUUUUCUCACUCUCUUCAUCCUCUUCAUCUUCUCCGGCUCCGCUUAUAGCCGUCACAUCGGACUAAUUUCCGAUGGAUUGCACGACAGUGAAAUCGAUCAUCAGAAUUUUGAAGUUCUCCGGUUGGAACAGGAUUUUGUCGGCGCCGGAACGGAGAGUUGUGAAAAGAGUUAUGGAUUUUUGCCUUGUACUAAAACUGCUCUUGGGAAUGUUUUUCUCGUUUUGGUUUAUGGUUAUUUGAUGUUCCUUGCGGCUACGUAUUUAUCUUCUGGUAGUGAACUGUUGCUUGAGAUUUUAGGACCUGGUCUUAUUGGUGGACUGUUCCUUCCUGUCCUUGGUGCUCUUCCUGAUGCUAUGCUUAUUCUCGUAUCGGGGAUAUCUGGAAGUACAGCCGCUGCUCAGAGCCAGGUUUCUGUGGGAAUGGGCUUGCUAGCUGGGUCAACUGUGAUGCUUAUAACUGUUAUUUGGGGAACCUGUUGCAUUGUGGGCAAGUGCGACAUACAAGAUUCUGUUGCUGUAGACUUGAAAGAUACUAAAGGAUUCAGCUUGACCGGUUCUGGUGUAAGUACUGAUGUAUGGACAAGAUAUGCUGCAACAAUAAUGGCCGUGUCUGUAACUCCAUUUGUUGUUGUCCAAUUGCCACAACUCCUCCAUUCAACUUCAGGAAGACAUUUGGCUGUCUUGAUCGCUCUUAUCAUUUCACUUACACUGCUUGUUUCUUAUUGUCUCUAUCAGGUGUUUCAGCCUUGGAUACAGAGGAGACGUCUUGCUUAUGUAAAACAUAAGCAUUUUAUAUCAGGAGUUUUGAAACAUUUAAGAAUGCGUGCAUUGGGUAGGCUUUGCACAGACCAGGGAGCACCAAAUAUAGAAGUUUUAGAGAAGCUAUUCAAGGCAAUUGAUGAAAAUGAAGAUGGAUAUCUUUCACGUUCUGAAUUAAGAGCUCUGGUAGUAGGACUCCGUCUUGAGGAGGUGAAUUUAAAUGAGAAUGAUGCUGUGGAAAAGCUGAUGAAAAAUUUUGAUACUUCUCAUGAUCAGCGAGUUGAACUAUCUGAGUUCAUUGCCGGAGUUUCAAAAUGGCUUAAUGAGGCCAGAGGUUCCAAUGCUCCUUCUCCUGAAACUGGUGCCGGUACAGUGAAGUACCUUGGUGAUUUGCAUGAGCAAACAAGGACAGAACACUACUUCUUAGGGGAUCAAAGUGACGAAAGUGUUGAGGCUGUUGAGAAUCCCAGAUCUACUGCAACUAAGGCCGUCUUAUUGCUGUUGCUGGGCACUGUCAUUGCUGCCGUGUUUGCUGAUCCCCUAGUUGAUGCUGUCAAUAACUUCUCAAGUGCCACAACCAUUCCUUCUUUUUUCGUCUCAUUCGUUGCGCUGCCACUGGCAACCAACUCCAGUGAGGCAGUGUCAGCUAUUAUCUUUGCUAGCCGGAAAAAGUUGAGAUCUGCAUCGUUAACAUUUUCUGAGUUGUAUGGAGCAGUGUCUAUGAACAAUCUCCUUUGUCUAUCCGUCUUCCUUGCUCUCGUCUAUAUCAGAGGAUUGACAUGGGAUUUCUCGUCAGAGGUGCUGGUUAUUCUAAUUGUUUGUGUUGUCAUGGGGGUCUUCGCGAGUGUUCGUAUCACCUUUCCUCUUUGGACUUCUUUGCUGGCUUUUUUACUGUAUCCCUUUUCUCUUGCACUUGUAUACGUUCUCGACUACAAAUUUGGUUGGUCUUAAGACCCUUUGGUUGAAUUUGUAUGCAAGCCGCAUUUCAGUUGCUCCUGGACGUGCUGGAGCUGCUUUAACUUGAGAGCCGAGGCUAUUUGGUUGUAUAAUUUCACUCAUAAUUUUCCUCUUGGUUAUAGAUUUUCAGGGUGUUCGCUCCAGUAAACCAUCUCACUAAUGUUAAGCAGACUGAUUCUGCAUAUCCAUUUCUCUUUCUGAUGUA